UAGGGUUACGGUUACUUUUAGGGUUGCCUACCUAUCAAUUUAAAAGGUACGGUUACUUUGAAAAAAAGAAAGGAACAAAAAUCCAUAUUAAAUCUAGUGAUUUGAAGAAGUCCUAAUAUUUAAGUGAAAAAAACUCAACGAAGAUCAAGUGAUUCUGAUGGAAGAAUCUAAGUUAUAUGAUCCAAUUAAACUAAGUGAAAAACGCAACCAAGAUCAAAACGAAGAUAAAGUGAUUCUUCAGAUGGAAGAAUUUAAGUCUUGUGAUCUAAUUAAACCAAGAUCCAUUGAAAGUGACAAAGUUAUUCAAAGUGACCGGUAUAUGCAAGUAGUCAUAAUAUCAGGGAUAUUAUGUUCAAUAUUGAUUAUCUUGUCAUCUUACGGUGGUAAAUUCAUGGAAGAACAUUACAUUCUUAUCACAUUAUUUCUCUCUCCUCUUGUUAUAUUUUUUCAUUUACUGAUUGGUGGUGUUAUGAUUGAUCACCCAGUUAACGAUAGCAUCUUUUCGAUUUUAAUCCUAAUAUUGCUAUCAAGUGCAACGUUAAUUAUGGAAGUUAGUCUUUUUCGCAUCUUGAUUCGUCAUUUUGGUCUCAUGGGUCUUCUUGAUUGCAAUCGUUGUUCGGGUUAAUUGGCAAAAGAUGAAAUUCAUACCAACUAUUUGUGUUCUUUCUUUAGUUUGCGAUAUUAUUUUCCUAAUGCACAUUUUUAGUUCUUAAUUUUGUUUUCUUCUUCU